AUGUCUGGCCAUGACGGGCCGCGAGGAGUAUCCGCCAUGUUAGCAGCAUUCUGGAAUUAUUGGCGGGUAUUGUUAUUCGGGAGGCCCCGCUCGCCGUUUCCUAUACGAAAACUUCCUGAAGCUCUCAUUUGCGCGGUACUCGAUGAAGUAUCCAUCGGCCAGUGGCUCGUGUUACAGAAGGUCAACAGGCGGUUCAGGACUGAGGCCAGUGUUCGAUGGUUAUUUCCACGCAAAUUGAUGUCAGCAGAUAUUGUGGCGACAUGGGAACCAGGCACCGAUGAAAAUCAAGACACACUGGAUAAUCAGAUCGCGAUGUCGGAUGUAGGAAUAUGGCUUGGUGAUCGAUAUGGCUGGACAAUUAGGGUGACGAGUUUUUAUCAGGAUCUUUUUAUUCUGAGAGAAGAUGACGUUGCAAACCUCAUCUCUAUCAGAAUACCGCAAGUAUGGUUUCAACGGUUCCUCGAUGUUUUCGCAGCGUCACCCAUCUGCACCAAAGAGCUUUCAAUUAAAUUUGGGGAAAAUCACGCGCCGCGGAUGAGAGAAUUUCUACCAGCAGAAGAACGUUACGAUUUGGGCAACAGGCGCUGCAUUGAUAUUGCCCGGCUUAUCCGUCCGUUCGUUGCUGUGAAAAGUCUGACGUUGCGGCUGCCCAAGAAUCGGCUGUUUCGAAACAUUCAAGCCAAUUAUCGCUGUGGCGCUCAGGUGUUGGAAAUAUACAUGCAAGAGGAUCCCAGCGAAAUUGUGCGAUGUCGUCGAUGCCGAACGCCAUUUGUCACCGAGAGCAGCCGAUGGAACUGCAGUAUCUGUACAUCAAUGUGGAAUGGAGACUGGAUGCGCGGCGGUGAUGGCGAAAGCUGUACAAACGGAAUGGAGCUUAAUGAAGUCCGUUUCAUCAGCAACAGUCCGGACCUUGCGGGCAUGCUGAUGAUUGUCGAUGUUGCAUUGUGCCCGACAAGGCCACAACAGCCUGGAAUGAUUCAUAUCAUCCAAUCGCCGCCACCGCCGGAUGGCAAUGAGAAUGAGGCACCUCGGCUCAAUGAUCCCGGCUUCUCGCGCGACUUCAAAACACUGGUAGAGACGGUGCACAACGGCGCCCUAGAAUUUCUCGAUGAAGCAGCAGCUGGGACUGAAGCCAUCAAAGAGAGGAUGCGUGAACAGAAAUAUCGACCCACAAAGGGACAAAUUCAAGGCUAUUUCCAAAUACACACUCGUCACAAAGACUUUAUCGGCUGUCUAUGCCGGGGGGCGAACAGAUACAACACCAUUCUUCUCUUCGAUCGA